GGAAUUGAUUUAGGGUUCUUGUGAACUUCAGCUCUAUUGUUAAUCAAUUUGAUUCCCCAGUAACCAUCUUAUCAACACUAAAGUUUGAAGCUUUAGAAUUCUUCAUUUUUCAAUUCAUUCGAAUCUUGAGGCCUUCUCUGUAUAAAGAACCUGAGUGUUACUAUGAGGAAAAUUGUGAAUUCUCACUCAGGAAGGGUGUUCAGUGACAGAAAGUGGAAAGUUCCAUUCUUUACAUGUUUGCUUGUAUCAGUUACUCUAUUUAGUGCAACCAUUUGUGCCCUAUACUCGUCGACUUAUGGUAGGGAUCAGGUGGAAUUCAAUGUGAUUCCAUUUGAUGAGCCAGAAGACUCGAGUGAAUAUUUUGUGGAAUCAGAUUUAAGAUCAAGAGUGUCGAACGCAGUUCCAAGAACCGAACCCCCUAGGUUUGCUUAUCUUAUAUCGGGAACCAAGGGGGAUAGUCAAAGACUGUUGAGGACUUUGCAAGCGGUUUAUCAUCCGAGAAAUCAGUAUAUUCUGCAUAUGGAUCUCGAGGCUCCACCUCGUGAGAGGUUGAAUUUGACAAUGUCGGUGAAGAAUGACCCUAUUUUCCGUGAAGUAAAGAAUGUCCGGUUAAUGGAACAAUCCAACUUGGUGACUUACAAAGGCCCUACCAUGAUUGCUACUACACUUCAAGCUAUAUCAAUAAUGUUGAAGGAAAGUUCGGAUUGGGACUGGUUUAUCAAUCUCAGUGCUUCCGAUUACCCUCUAAUGACUCAGGAUGAUCUACUUCAUGUUUUCUCAAAUUUGUCCAGAAGUUUGAAUUUCAUUGAAAACGGGCAGCUUUAUGGUUGGAAAUUAAGCCACAGAGGAAAGUCGAUCGUAAUUGAUCCCGGUCUGUAUUUGUCCAAGAAAUCGGAUCUUGCUAUGACUUCUCAACGUCGAUCACUUCCAACGUCUUUCAAGGUGUUCACUGGCUCAGCGUGGGUAAUUUUAACUCGCUCUUUCGUGGAAUAUUGCAUAUGGGGAUGGGAUAACCUUCCCCGGACCAUACUCAUGUACUACACAAACUGUAUAUCCUCGCCCGAAGGCUAUUUCCACACUGUCAUUUGCAAUGCAGAAGAGUUUCGGGACACUGCCAUAGGCCACGACCUGCACUACAUUGCAUGGGACAACCCGCCCAAACAGCACCCGAUCGUGCUGACACUCAAGGACUUCAGCAAAAUGGUGAACAGCAGUGCUGCAUUUGCUAGAAAAUUUCGCAAGGACGACCCGGUUCUAGACAAGAUCGACGUCGAGUUGCUUGGUCGCAAGAAUCGGUUUGCACCCGGGGCUUGGUGCGUUGGGGGCACGGAAAACGGAGGUGAUCCUUGCUCUGUGCGCGGGGAUGAUUCGGUUUUUAGGCCCGGCCCUGGGGCGAAGAGACUCGAGGGCUUAAUGCAGAAACUACUAUCUGAAGACUUUAGAAGUAAGCAAUGCAUGGGAAGAAGUUGAUCUGGGAGGCAUGAUGUUUGAGAAGCUCUUGCCAAUUUUCAAAUGCAAAUAGUUUUCUCACAAAGGUGAGAAUCUGGAUAACCCAAAGUGUACAUUGUUGUAACAACAGAUCAUAGUUAAAGUGUAAAGAUUUUGGAAUUUGAUUUCA